GGAGGGGGGAGAGGAGGCAGGGUGAAGAGGAGCUGUCAGUGCUGCUGGAAGCACGGGCGCAUCCGCCGCCACUGAUGUGAUUCUCCGCUCCGACCCCGGGCUCUAGCACCCCUAGUCGUCCUCCUUCUCUUCCUCCUCCUCCUCCUCUCCUUCCUCCUCCCCCUCCCUCUUUCCUCCCCCUCCCCUCCCUCCGGCCCCCUUCCCUUCCUGGUCCCUGCUCCUUCUCGCCCUCCGGCUCCGGCUCUGUAUCUCGAGCCCAGCCUCCUCCAGACUCUGGCCGCCUCUGUCGCCUCCGAGCUACGCGGAGGUGCCGGGUCGGAGCGCAAGAGCCCCGAGGCGAGGCGAGCAGAACCAAAGCCGGGGGUGGCGGGGCCGGGGUCCGCGGGCUGCCGAGCUGCCAGAGAGGAACGCGGCAGCGGGGAAGGCGGCGGCGGCGGCGGCGGCGGCUAUGAAGUGGCCCCCGGUGGCCCGGAGCCCGAGCGUACCCAGGCAGGGAAGCGAGGGAGCCCGGCGCCCGGGCCCCGGGCAGCACCAGCGGGGCGCCGCGUCUGGGGAUUAAGGGCUGGAGAGAACUGCGCGAUGGAGCUGGACCGAGCCGGGGAGGAUUCAGACUCGCGAAGCCAGGCUUACCAUUUGUUUCUACAUGGAGCCUUUGGGACUAGCCACAGCUACUGAAUCCUCAGCAAGCCAAUCCUGAGCCCACAAGAUGGGGAGAGACAUCUUGAACUAGAGACGCUGCUGAGGGAAAGACCACCCACCUCCCCCUGCCUGCCACCAGCGAGGCCGGGUCACAAGUCACGCCCAGACCUCUCUCCCUUCCCAUCUCUGCCUCCGUCCUCACUCCCCUGACUUCUUUCAAGUCCCAGCCAAAAUCCCACCUUCGGCCUCCAUCCCCCUGGGGCCCUGAGCUCACCCCUGGACAGCUGCCCUCUCCCUGGACUCCGGCCUGACCAGACUUCCUAAACCUGCUUCUGCAAUGGGUGGGUUGUAAGAGCUGGUAAUGAGGAGCUGUGGGUCCAGUCAGCCUUGGAGAUGCCGAAGAGACGGGACAUCCUGGCUAUUGUUCUCAUUGUGCUUCCCUGGACACUGCUCAUCACCGUGUGGCAUCAGAGCCCCAUCGCCCCGUUGCUCACUGUGCACAAGGAUGAUGGGAGCGACUCAAGGCGGGACCCCAGUGUGGACUCCAGGGAGUUUUGCAUGUCUGACCGGGACAUCGUGGAGGUGGUGAGGACCGAGUACGUGUACACGCGUCCCCCGCCCUGGUCAGACACCCUGCCCACCAUCCACGUGGUCACCCCCACCUACAGUCGCCCUGUGCAGAAGGCUGAGCUGACCCGCCUGGCCAAUACACUGCUCCAUGUACAAAACCUCCACUGGCUGGUGGUGGAAGACGCCCCACGCCGGACGCCCCUGACCGCCCGCCUCCUCCGGGACACGGGCCUCAACUACACACACCUGCACGUGGAGACGCCGCGGAACUACAAACUCCGGGGGGACGCCAGGGACCCCCGCAUCCCCCGGGGCACCAUGCAGCGCAACCUCGCACUGCGCUGGCUCCGGGAGACCUUCCCCCGCAACGCCAGCCAGCCCGGCGUGGUCUACUUCGCUGAUGACGACAACACCUACAGCCUGGAACUCUUUGAGGAGAUGCGCAGCACAAGAAAAGUGUCAGUGUGGCCUGUGGCCUUCGUGGGAGGUCUCCGGUACGAAUCACCUCGGGUGAAUGGGGCAGGGAAAGUGAUUGGCUGGAAGACGGUUUUUGACCCCCACCGGCCAUUCGCCAUUGACAUGGCUGGCUUUGCAGUCAACCUUCGGCUUAUCCUGCAACGGAGUCAAGCCUACUUCAAGCUUCGAGGAGUCAAGGGUGGUUACCAAGAGAGCAGCCUUCUCCGUGAGCUCGUCACCCUCAAUGAUCUGGAGCCCAAGGCUGCCAACUGCACCAAGAUCCUUGUCUGGCACACACGAACAGAGAAGCCAGUGCUGGUGAAUGAGGGGAGAAAAGGCUUCACUGACCCCAAUGUGGAGAUUUGACAUCGGGGACCCAGGAGACUCCCUCUCACAGACCCUGCUCUUGGCCUCAGAGCCUCUCUCCCCCCUGGCCGUGGGGGCCCUCAUGGCAGACUCCUGAGCAAUCCCUGUCACCUGUCCUUCCAUCCUGGAGGCUAUGGAGAAAGCCUGGUGGGACACAAGGAAGAAAGAAAAAUCGUCGAAAGCACAGAAAUCCCAGGCUGGUUCUCCUCCUCUGCCCAAGAUGACCAAGAGACUGAGUGGGAGAUCCUGGGAGUUGGGGAGUCCAGCUGAUGCCAAGUGUCCCAGCCUGAGGAGACGGCCCAAUGCCCCUGCAUUUUUUCCCCAGAAGAAUCUUCCAGCCAACACCCAGGUCCAAGAGAGGGGAAGACCCUGAUACCAGGCUUGUGACUCUGAGCACUGAAUGACACUCAGUGUGGGAGCUAGCAGGGGGCAACAGGAGGCACCCCAGGGGAGAAGUGCUCUCUUUCCCUUGGGUUCUUAUGCUCCAGCUAGGAUUUAUAACAUUGCACAACACAGGCCAGCCAGAGCAUUUCAAAACCCCAGAAAUGACCAAGAGAAAGCGUGAAAUCUCUCUUCCCUCUGCCCUGUCUCUCCCCUUAGCGCCUCUCCUUGCCUCCUUACCUGCAAGUUGCUCCAAAAUCAGACAGACCUCUCUCUGGCCUGGGUGGCUCUUCUUUGGUUCAUGUUUACAGAACUUAUGGCUGUGUUUAACCCUGGCACCUGACUAACCCUGCAUGGGGGCCUGAGCCUGUCAGCAGGCGCCUACCUCAGGUUGCAAUGGGACUGGCUUCUCAUCUUCUAUCCCUUCUCAGAACCAGCAUCAGUUGAGACACCACCUCUUGCACUAGGAAGAAAUCAACCCUAUUCCAAAAUGCUGAACUUGGGUUACAAGGCCCCACUCCCGAGCCAGGGUAGGGAAAGGGGCGUGGGAAGGGGAAGGGGUUGAGAUAGUUAACAAGGCUGGAGACUAGAGCAGAUUGUGGAAUCCUUUCCCAGUGUCUCUCAGACCAAUCAGUCACCCAUCAGGCCAGGUAUUAGGUAUUAGGAAUACCUGCCUAAAGGUAGGGAGAGGGAAGAGGGGAGGGGAGUGGCGGCAGAGUAUAAAAUAGAGAUUCCUUCCAGUUGGGCAUAGAGGGAUGGGAUUGGGAUGGUGGCAAGAAUGUGAUGAUAUGGUGUGGCUCUGUGACUGUCACCUACCCCUUCAGUUUUUUGGGCUUCAGAGUAAUAGCAGGGACAGAAGGAAAGCAGCCAAGAUAACCUGGAUGCUGGAGAGAGAGAGGAGCUGAGCACAUAUGAUAGAUUGGAAAUUAUUUAAAAAAAAAUGGAGAGAAAAAUGUAUCUUCUCACUGAGCCAGGAGCAGCCAGAUCAACCUCCCUCUAUCUGCAGAAGUCACUGGCCCCCUCAUUCCUUCACACCAGAGAAAAACAAAUCUCCUCCCUCCUCCCUUUUCACUCCCUCCAGUCCCAUUCAUUACCAUACCUUGGGCUCGUGGUUUUCAGUUUGGAGAAUGUAAAAACUCUCCCACUGGACUGCUCUGAUAGGACCCUGCCCCCAAAAGCUCCUUCUUCCUUCCCAUUCUCCUGGCUGCCCAUCUGUUUUUCAUCCAUAAUUUCUCUCUCCUAUUCCCUUCUUCCCUCUCCUUCGCUCUUCCCCUUGAAAGUUGGAAGCACAAUUUUCCUCCUUGAUGAAGGAAAAAGAAGGGAUCCUACAAGAAGAGACUAACUUUUCUUAACCCCUAACAGCCAACAUCCUAUUCAAACCCAUAGGGUGUCUCUUGAGGACUAAGGGGCAUGCAUAACCCACUCCUGGGUUGGAAGGAGUUUGGGGAGAGGGACAGCCUUGCAGUAUUAUCCUAUUAUUUAAAAAUAAUAGUGGUGACUGCCAAUUUUGAGACAUACUUUUAAUGUCCCUCAAUAUUUAUAACAAUGGAAACCAGAAGAGUUGAACAAUUAAGCUAAGCAUGAAUCAGGGCUUUUCCCAACAGCUUUUAUUUAAUGUUUUUCUUUACAUUUAGGGUUGGUUUGUUUUUAUUUUUGUGGGGACUUUUUGGGUUGUUGUUAUUCUUGUUUUGAUUUUAGGAAGCAACUCCUGUUGGGUGAAGAUGGGGUAAGAGGGACAGGAAACUUCUGGAUAGGCUGAAUUGCAAUUUGCCCAAGCCUUGGCCUGGGUAGGACAAGAGAUAACCAUUGUGCCCCUUUGUGGUAGCCAGCCCUGAGAGCCCAAUUCAUGCAGGGCUUAGGCUGGAUUUAGCAAAAGCAGAUCUCCUACCUGGUCAGAAACCCAGGCCUCCUUUUCAGGAAAAAUAAAAGUCAACAGAAAAGGGGGAGGGGGAACAUUGAAAAAAAAUAACACCAAAAUUUCCAGAUGCUAGUCUAGUUGUUCUCACCAAAAGUCCUCUUUUAGCUGCAUGUAUAUUUAUUUAUAAUCAUAAUCCCAGUGGACUGCAGCUUUCACCUCUGCUCGGGAAUGGGCUUGUUGUAGACCAGAUGGACCAUGUCCCUGACUGUAAACGUUUGUUCCAAACCCAGUCCCUCCCUCUACCCCAGGGGGAGUGAUGUCAGUAGGAUUGGGAGGUCCCAGGAACACAGACUGAGCUAGAGGGUGGAGCCUCCUUCAGCUGCACCAUCUCUUCUCGGUUUUAAUUGAACUGUAUUUAAUUUGUUUUAAAAAUUAAAAGUCAAAUAUGGUUUUUAACAGUCAUAAUCCCCCUCAGCCCAGCUGGUUUUAUUGAAAUGUGUUUGCAUUAAGAACUGAACAGGAAAACCCAGAGAGCUGACUGGGAAAGUGGGAGGCUUCAGACUGAAUGUAAAAGUAAUCUCCUUCAGCAUGAUCUGGGGGCUUUUAAAAUUGUUGUCCAGAAGAGCUCUGAGGCUAUAAUAAGAAAAAUAAUAAUAUUUUAUUAUAAUAGUAUUUAUGUAACGCCUA